AUGGAGGAAGCGGUCCUCGAGAAGUUUAUCAAGAAGCUGUUAGCUGCUAGAGUUGGAUCCGUUCCGAAGCUGUUUCCGUUCUCGGAAUCGGAGAUUCGUAAGCUUUGUUUGGCUUCGAGAGAGGUUUUCCUUAGCCAGCCUAAUUUGCUCGAACUUAAAGCCCCGAUUAAGAUCUGUGGUGACGUCCAUGGACAAUAUGCUGAUCUUCUCCAGUUGUUUGACCAUGGAGGGCACCCACCCAACUCAAAUUACUUAUUUCUGGGUGACUAUGUUGAUCGUGGUAAGCAUAGCCUUGAAACAAUCUGCCUUCUGCUUGCAUACAAGAUAAAAUACAAGGACAACGUCUUUCUUCUCCGGGGAAACCAUGAAUGUGCUUCCAUCAAUCGUAUAUAUGGUUUCUAUGAUGAAUGCAAGAGAAGACUCAACGUCCGUGUUUGGAAGAUGUUUUCUGAGUGCUUCAAGUGUCUACCUGUUGCUGCGGUUGUUGAAGAAAAGAUACUUUGCAUGCAUGGAGGAUUGUCUCCGGAGCUGAAGAAUUUGGAUCAGAUUCGGGGCAUACCUCGCCCCACUGAUGUCCCGGAACAAGGGCUGCUAUGUGAUUUACUGUGGGCUGAUCCUGAUAAAGAUGUGAAAGGAUGGGGGCCGAAUGAAAGGGGCGUGUCGUAUACUUUUGGUGCUGAUAAACUUACAGAAUUUCUCCACAAGCAUGAUCUCGACCUUGUUUGUCGUGCUCACCAGGUUGUUGAAGAUGGGUAUGAGUUUUUUGCGAACAGGCAGCUAGUAACCUUGUUUUCCGCACCAAAUUACUGUAACGAGUUUGAUAACGAUGGUGCGAUGAUGAAUGUCGAUGAAAAGUUAACUUGUUCGUUUCAGAUUAUAAAGGCUUCUGUGAAGAAAGGGAGGGUUGGUUUUGGAAAAUUUAAGUUACCACCAGCAACACCCCCACACAAAGUAAAGAAGGCUUCUUAG